GAUCGACUAUUGGAUAUACCUUGUAAAGUAUGUGGUGACCGAAGUUCCGGAAAGCAUUAUGGAAUUUAUAGUUGUGAUGGUUGUUCGGGAUUUUUUAAAAGAAGCAUACAUAGAAACCGGGUGUAUACAUGCAAAGCUACUGGAGACUUAAAAGGAAAAUGCCCUGUUGAUAAAACGCACAGAAAUCAAUGUAGAGCAUGUCGACUAUCGAAAUGUUUUUUAGCAAGUAUGAACAAAGAAGCUGUUCAGCAUGAAAGAGGUCCACGUAAACCAAAGUUAUCGCAAUCUUCAAAUACACAUAAAAAUAUUCCUUUGGGCCAUCAAAAUUUUCAUCGGCUACAUAGUGUUGAUAAUAAAUUACAUACUAAUACAGGAACAUUUUCAUUUGGAUCAGGCAUUUUUCCACAACAUUUACAAUCUUUAAAAUCUUUAACGUUACCGCAAACAGUUUCCACAACCAAACAAAUUGAUUCGUUACAAUCUUCUACAUUUCAUUCUUCAGAUUUAUCACCACCUGGACUUUUUCAUAUACUUAUGUCAGCCGAAAGAUGUCAGGUUAGUAGUCAUAUAAAAAUAAUAAUAAUUUUAGUAGAAAUUGUAUGGGGAAACAAAAUAAAUGAAAUUGAUUCCUUUACAAAUGAAACUAGUCAAGAACUUAAACCUUUGACUUCAGAAUUAUCUUUUUCUUCAAUCGGUACGGGCCUUAAUUCUUCACCCUUAUCCCCAACUUGGGAUAUGUUACAGGUAAUUGUAUAUUUUUAA